GGGUAUAGCGCCGAGCGGGAGGGAGGACAAGGUUCCCCGUGACGUCACAUGAAACUCUGACCUUGCCAGGCCGUUUAUAUACUACAUGCCGGCAUCAGAAGCCACGUUCAGACCUUACCCAUCGCAUCUGCUGUUAACUAUUUGUUAUCUCAAGUUCACAGCCAGUCUGCACAAAACCACCAGUAAUUUAAUUCUACUACAACGAAUACCUUAACUGUCAUUCACAAGUGUUCAAGUUAUCAUACGAAGCAAAACUCACAAUUAAGUCAUGGAGAUUUCGACGUACUUUUUAAUCCUCUGCGCUUGCGUCGUGAACUUCGUCACCGCCUCUGUCAAUGUGGCAGAUGUCCCAUGCGGCCGUUCUCAAGUUCGCCAAGCCAAGAUCAAGAAUGGAACGGAUGCCUUCCCUCACGAGUACCCCUGGCUGGUGUCCAUCAGUACUGCAGGUCCCAACUCGCCUCAUUUCUGUGGCGGAUCCCUCAUCCACAAGAGAUAUGUAGUGACAGCUGCCCACUGCGUUCACCACAAACGUCCGAUGGACGUGAAAGUAUUGGCAGGCGCCCACAACAUCUUCGUCCCGAAUUCUGAGAGUGAGCAGAGCAUCUCUGUCAGCAGCAUCGUCAUCCAUCCUGACUACUCGAAGAAAUACAUCAACGACAUUGCCAUCUUGGAGCUGAGCACAGAUGCCAAGUGGACCAAAUUUGUUAGACCUGUGUGCCUUGCUGACAUGGAGCUGGACAAAGCCAAAGACUCCUUGGAUGGUAUGUCUGUCACAGCUGCUGGAUGGGGCAACACUGAUGAAAAGCAAUACGGUGGCAAGCCUGCAAGCAUUCUCCAGAAAGUCGACGUGUUGGUCGUGCCAACAGCCACAUGCGAAAGCUGGUACAACAUUGAUGGAGUGCGCUUCUACGACAGUCACUUGUGUGCCGGAUACGAAAAUGGCGGAAAGGACACAUGCCAGGGUGACAGCGGCGGCCCUCUCAUGAUGAACGACGACGGGGGACGCACAGUCAUCGUUGGAGUCGUUUCCACCGGCAUCGGUUGUGGCCGGCCGAAGACCCCAGGUAUCUACACCAGGGUGUCCCGGUACAUCACUUGGAUUCAAGCACAGAUGGCAGCCAGUACCCAGUAGGACCAACCACAAGGAUUCGCUGGAGUGUGAAAAUCCUUGACGUUUCUUUUGACCGACCUUCCGUCAUUCGCGACUUGGUGCAAGUAGCACCGCAGACACCAAAGAUGAAUGUGAAAGUCACUUGCUUUUCUCGAUUUUCAUUCGCUCGCAAUUUUUUCUCUAGUUAUAUGUUCCAUAAGUGAAAGUUCUUGACUACUGACAUUCUAUAUAUGUUCUAAACACGCUUGUGUAUUUAUUCAUAACAGAACUUCAUCCGGCUUUCUCAGCUGAAUGCUGCAGAUAGAUUUAGAAUACAAUUUAAUUUAUUAUAUUUAUUAUUUGUCUUCAUAUUCGACACAGAAGACUGCCUGCCUGCGCUAAGCUAAUUUACGAUUAUCGGGAUUUAAGCUUUAAUGACCCAAUCCCGACAUCCUUUACGUCUCUUUCUAGUACAUUUCUAGUCUCGUCAUUACGUCAUCAGAUUCCCGAGUGUAUUUUGGGAGGCCUCCUCGUGGCACUUCUUUAAACAAUCAAAAGCAAAGGAUAAAUACAACGAGCAUUGGAGCCGUUUCAUAGACUAAUCCCGACUACUAUACUCUGUUUUUUUCCAUCUGUCCAUCCGCCUGUGGUGUUUUUGUAUGGUAACACUGCGUCCCGGGCUUUAAAUAGUUACGCUAUGUGUAAGUUUUAGGUAAAUAAAAGGAUAUCUAGGUGUACACUUGCAACGGAAAAGUGUUUUAAUACUUUACUGUAUGCGAAUUACACCGUUAAUAUUCCAAAUAGGAUAUUGUUAUUAUUGUUGAAUGUAAGCUGAAUGUAACUAUCUAAAGCCCGGGACGCAUUGUUACCAUACGCAAACACCACAGGCGGCUGGACAGAUGGAAAAAAACCGAGUAUAGUACUACUUUAUUAUGCCUUUCGAUGGUGGCCUCCUUUUUAGGAGCCGUUUCAUAGGAAAAAUUCAGUAUACUACUACUACUACUACUACUCUGGGGGAAAUUUAUAGUUUUCAAGAAUAAGUCUGUCGUCCAAAGAGUCAGUCAUUGCCUCCUGUGUGAAUAUAUUGCCAUUUUUUCUGCUGUACAGUUGGGCAUUACGUUGUGUCCUUAAACAAGAUCUGCCUCUUUCUUAUCGUUGAUCUAAUAGUUUCAGUGUCACGUACGUUCUCUCAAAAAGAGAUGAUCAUGUAUUUUUCAAAACAGUGCUACUUUCGUGCAGUUUUCCUAGUUAUAACGUGAUGUAAUUGCACUGAUCUACAUUUCGUUUAAUGACACAUGUUUAUUUUAUCGUUGGUUACUCAUUACGACUUGCAACCAUGUUGAUUUUUUAAAUUCCAGUCACUCGUUCGUCUAGUUUCGUCGUAUUUUCUGUCUCAGACUUCUCAAAACUGCUUUCACCUUUGAAAGUCUCAUUAUAUAUUGGUUUCUAAUCUUUGUACCUAAUUAAUCUUUGCUUUUGUUUCUGUCAGACACCUUAUUGCAUCUAUUGUAUCUUUUAUCAUCAAUAUUAAGUCCUUGGACUACAGCAAUUUCUGUCAGCGAAUCGGAAGGCUUCAUUAUCUUUAGAAUUCCGACACACUGAGGACCCGACGAUCAAACUUUUUUUAGACUCACUGGCUGAAGAUAUAGGCACCGAGUCUUGUGCUCUAGACUCGUGAUGUUUACCCAUACGACAUUUACGACUGACUUGACCGGUGAGUGAAAACUGGCCAUCAAGGUGGACUGACCGACUCUUUGUACUAAAGUUAUCUCGGGAUUUAUUUAUACUAGUUCCUGCGCAUUGCAUUUCAUGUACCUAACCUCUCAGCAGCGCUCCUACGAUCUCUUCUCUGUUUCAUACCGUUCGUGACAGAAGUCUUGGUUUCUUUCACGUGGAAGUCUCUGAACGUAAACGCUUCCCUAACUCCAUAUCUGUCAGUGUUGUAGUCAUUUUUAGAAUAUCUCUCGGUAUUUUUCGUUAUCGUGUGCUCAGUGUUGCCUUUCUUUUGCUUUGAUAUAGGACCCAAAAUCCCUGUGUUAGAUUUUGUAUUGUUUCUUGAUUUCUUUGUAAACUAAUAGUGUUUGUGUUGUUUCCGUCAUAAGAUAUGCUGGUCUCGGAUGCACAUGAAAAGACAUAUUUAUUUUUUUAUAUGUAGUAUAUGUUUGACGUCAUAUAUCUCUUGACAAAUACCUGCUUCUAAGAAAAAAACUAGGAAGGAAAAUCAGAAAAAAUUAGAAACAUUCCUUUGAACGACAAGAAGCCAGAAAAGUGAACGAUAAAUAAAAAUUGUCUCUAAGUAAAAGCAACCAAAUUGUGUAGUUCAGGUUUGAAUCACAAUUAUUUAAAGUAUAUUUAACUGACUGGAUUUUUGUGCAUUUAACUGUCAUGUUCUAAUCUUCAGUUACUGUCUUAUCUAUGAGCAAGAGCCCGUGCUGGUAUAUAAAGCCAACUUUAACCAAAAAAACACUUAAUCUUUAAAUGUCGUUAGAUUAGAUUAACAACUGUAAGCUAAAUCACAUACAUAGUUUGAGAGACAAAGAAAGUUCUGAUGUUCAAUGAUUGUCUUUAGAAAUUAUAUUUUUCUCUUAUUUUGUCAUUUGUUGCUGUGGAAUUUGAUAGUGAUUGCGUAAAUAUACUGUAAGGUACACUUUCUCACAUAAUAACACUACACGUGACCUUGCCUUAUAUGGUAACUGAUAAGACAAUUUUGUUUGUUUGUUGGUUUUGCAUUGACUGAUUUCGAUUCCAAAGUCGAACAAGCCAACGCAGACUAUCAGUUGUCCAGGCUAUUGUUACUUACGUUUUUUUUAUUGCAUGACUUUAAUUUAUUGAUAACACAAUGAGUAUGAAUAUUGUGAGUGACAUAUUCUUCAUCGAGUCAUUUGAAUGGAUUCUAUCUAGAUUGUUUCCAUAUGAACGCAACAUUAUACACUUUGUCAUGGUUUUACAGUAUUUAUCAUAAAUGCAAAGCCCUUUUGUGAUUUUUACUUAUUUUAUACUUUUUAUACAAAUUUU